CUUCUCAUGGAGACCAGGGACCUAUCACGGUUCAUAUCGCGGCGUGAUUGGCACAAUGCAGUUGAAUUAUGUAAGAGUAAUCCGAGGCUCCUGAGCCAAGGGAUGACGAACUCAAAGGACACCGCCUUGCAUGUGGCCAUCAACGAUAACAGAGACGACGUCGUGGAGAAGUUGAUCGGUAUAAUCGAGAGUAAGAGAACAAACCAGGCUCUGAUAGCACGAAAUAACAAGAAGGAAACCCCUCUGCAUUGCGCGGCCGCGAGAGGGUCCGUGCAAAUGUGCGAGCUGAUCCUCCGUGCAGGAGACAACAUGCGUGAGGAUCUGCUAGGUAUUCCCAACAAGUGGUAUGAGAACCCGAUCUUUGUCGCGGUUGUCCAUAACCGUAAACUAGCCUUCAUCUGCCUCUUUGAUGCUGCACGUAAAAAAGGAGAAGGCUACUCGGACUUAUAUCGAUACUUGGUUAUUAAUAGAGAUACUGAUAGAGAUGCUCAUAGAGACACUGAUGCUGACGCUGACGCUGAUAGAGAUACUGUGCUUCACUCGGCCAUUAGGAGAGGGCACGCAGAUUUGGCAUUCUACAUCAUCAAAAAGUGCCCAGGGCUUUCGCACGAAUUCAAUACGAAGGGAGUGAGUCCUCUUGAGCUGCUGGCCAGAACACCUUCCCUGUUUAGAAGUAGCUACAACCUUUCCUGGUGGAAACAUAUCAUAUACUUCUGUAUACAAGUUGACCCACUGAAGUGUGAUCCUAAUCCUACUUCUAAAACAAAUCCAGAUCGUAAAAGCUCCAACAAAAGGCAUGACAAAAAGGACGAAGCGGAACCAGUGAUGAACCCAAAAAACUCAGCUGCGAAUCAAAGCUUUCCAUACAAUUGGGCCACCUGUUAUGAGAUUCUAGCCUUUGUCUACCUAAAUUUCUUGGGCAUGAUGGGAUUAGGGAACAUAUUCACCAAGAUAAAGCGGGUGAAAGAGAAGUAUACAUGGAGUCUUCAAUUAUUGGAUCAACUUUUGGAAAAUUACUGUAAUGAAGAGAUCAUGAAACAUGCAAUUGACCCUGAAUCGGGUUCAGAUUAUGAUCUGAAACAUGCAACUGACCUCGAAUCGGGUUCAGAUCAUAAUCCAUUUGAGAUGCUUGCUGCGUUUCGUGGUCGUGGUCGUAGUCGUGGCGGCGGUGGCGGCAACGGCGGCGGUGAUCGCAGAGACAAGGUUGAGGACAUUACAAAUAAAGCCCUGUUGGCAGCAGCAGAGACAGGCGUGAUCGAGGUAGUGGAUAAGAUUCUGCGAAGAUUCCCAGGAAUCAUCCCUGAAGAUACUGUAGGACGAACGAACAAGAAUAUAUUGAUGGUGGCUGUGGAGAAUCAACAGGCAGAGAUAUUUGUGGCACUUCGACAACACUUGAAAAAUGUAUCAGGGAAGCCUAACCUGUGGCACGACCUGGUUCAUGCGGUGGACGAUGAAAACAACACUAUACUGCACAUAGCAGCAAAGUACGAUGAAUCCUUGUCUCAUGGUUGGCAAGCUUAUGGUUAUGCCAUGCAGAUGCAAUGUGAAAUCACGUGGUACGAGUUUGUGAAAUCAUUUGUGCCCUCCCACUAUCUCUUCCUUAAGAACAGAAAGGGCAAAAGCACGGAACAAAUAUUCGCUAUAGACCUCAAAGAUCUGGUGGAAAAGGGCAACACAUGGCUUAAGGACACGUCUCAAUCUUGCACGGUGGAGGCGGCGCUGGUGGCCGGAGUUUCUGCGACGUCGAAGUCCACCCAGGGUAAAACCCCGGAACAAAUAUUCACCAGAGACCACAAAGAUCUGCUGGAAAAGGGCACCGCAUGGCUUAAGGACACAUCUCAAUCUUGCUCGGUGGUGGCGGCACUGGUGGCCGGAGUUUCGUUUGCGACGUCGAAGUCCAUCCCUGGAAGUGUCGACGCCAAAGGCAAACCAACAUUAGAAGAACAUCCCGCGUUUCAACUUUUCGCCAUCAGCGGACUCAUAGGACUCGGAUUUUCCGUCACUUCGCUCAUCAUGUUCCUCUCCAUACUUACGUCUCGAAAACAACCCAUAGAUUUCAAAAGGAAUCUGCCAUUCAAGCUUCUUCUGGGGUUAAGCUCAUUGUUCGUGUCCAUUGCUUCCAUGUUCAUUUCUUUCUGUGCUUCACAUUUCUUCGUGGUUGAGGACAAGUUCAAGAAAGGAAUCUUCCCUCUUUAUGCCGUCACUUGUCUUCCUAUUUCAUUCUAUGCCAUCGCACAGUUUCCUCUUUACCUGAAUCUUAUGAAAGCCAUUGUUAAGGACGUUCCCCAAUCCCAAAAAUCUGUCCAGUUGUGAUUGAUUAAAUCUUUCAUG